AUGACUAUUACCAAUAUCUCGAAUGGGUUUCGUGCUACAGGGUUAUAUCCAUAUAAUCCUGAUGCUAUUCCUGAAGAGGCGUUUGCACCCUCUGCGCUGUCAGAACUUCCGAAUCCUACAAACAGUGAGAAUAUUGGUAUCUUACCUGAUGAAUCGGAGGAACAAGAGACUUCAACUGUAAAUGUAGUAGAUUCAGACGAAUCGGGGAUAGAUUCUGAGAAUUUGCCACUGUCCUUGCUCUCCAAAAAUAAUCCUAAUGCUGAAACUCCACAGAAGACAGAUAUUCAAUCAACCACAUGUGAGAUUCAUGAACUUUUACCAAAUCCUAAGUUCAAAAUUGUAGCGACUGCUUCACGCAAGAAGUCUCUGAAUUACAGGGCUCAAGAAGUAACAAAAGAUUUGUUUGGUAAUAGUGCUACGAACUCCAGAUCACAGUCUGUGAUCUGGAGUGAAAUAUACUAA